AUGGAAAAGCUGGAAAAAGAAGAGGUGAAACGUGAAGUGUGGGACUGUGGCAGCUCUCUUUACGAUUCAUUUGAACUCAAAUCUCUACAACACCAACUUCACUCUGCAAUCUCCGGCAGAAGCAUGUCAAUGCCCCACCUCUCCCACCACCAUCAACCACCCUUCAACCACCACAAACCACCCAAGAAACACUACUCCAAAAUCUCCAUCAGGUCACUUCACAAACUCCUCCGAUCAGUUUUCCGGCCUAAACAAAACCACACCAAUACCUCCUCCACCUCAACUUUCUACGUCUACGAUACUUCCACUGCACUGUCUACCAUCCCGGAGCUGCCGGAAACGUUGCCGGAGUUUGAUGGGGUUUCGCCGGAGAUCAAAUCUUUGGUUACAAGAACACAGUCUGAUCGGUUGAUGUCCGCUUCUCUUGGUAUAUCAUGUGUUUGA